AAUGAUUAGCUGUAAGCGUAAUAGUGUAGAUGCAGCCGAAGCUGAGAAUGAUCAUCAACACCUUAUCUUGAAAAGGCCCAAAAUUAAAGAAGCCGGUGCGCCAAAGACACAUUUUUCGAGUUACAUGAAUGAUAGACAAGAGUUGCUACAUCAAGAACUGCCCACCAAAAUAGCGAUUGAGCAUACAAAAAGUAUCGGUGAGGAAUGGCAAAAGAUGAUAGAAAACAAAAAAGCAGCCGAUCGGGAUAAGCAACGAAUUAUUGAGCAGUCUGAACUAACAGCCGUAAAUACAUUCGAUGAAAGAAUUAAAUCACUAGAAGCGAACCAGAAGAUAAUUUUAGAGAACCAACAAACCAUAUUGCACAACAUCGUAAAACUUCAAGAAAAUAAUUUAAAUGGACUUAGCCAAAUUGCAGCUGUCUUGGAAAAACUGCUAAACAAAAACAGUAUGGUAAAGGUAGAUGCAGUUUUCCCAAUUAAGUCAUGGGAGGAAUUGAAAGACAUAGACGAAUUGUGCCGCAACGAUUCCACUCGUUAUAUCCAAUGCAUUAAAGCGAUAGUUUCUCCAGAGGGUAUAGAAAAAAACUUUCAUCGUCUUGUGGACAGAAAAUUAAUCCAACUUUUAAAUUAUGACGGCGUAAGUAACAAAGCCCCUUUCAAGGACUUUACUUUCCUGAAUAGCGCCAUAUUUGAAGCAAUCAAAAGCGAAGGCUACACUAACAAGGAAUACGUCCGAGAUAUUAGGAAUAGUUUUAAGUUAUAUAAAAACCUAUUUUAUAAAAAGCGUUACGAGGAAAGAAAGAAGAAUAGAAAUCCACAGUAGCAUUAUUUCACUUUACCUUUAGUUAUUUUAUAAACUCGCAUGUUUCAAAAAUACGGACUUAGGCAGGUUUGAUAAGCAUACAUAUAUCGACUCAUCUGUUACAAUCUGUAAUGGCAGAGCACAAUAUGAUUGGUUGGAAUGGAUUAAAACAAUUUUGAUUUACAAUUACGGCAGAACUUACCUUUGAAUAAAUCGUUAAUGUAGUACAUGUGUAUAACUACAUACAACAUAAUUAUUAUCUUUUUCGUUUGAAACAAUUUUAGUUUUAAAUUUUGUUUGUGAAACAAAUUUAUAUUUAAAUUUAAAAGAAUUCUGAAUUACAUUUUAAGUUUUAUAUAUAAUAUGCUACUUGUUAAUUACUUAUUGCAAAAUGAGAAAAUAUAGUA